AUGAUCAAGUGCAGCCGGAUGGACACAUGCCAGAUUGUGUGCAUCAGAGUCCCACGAUCUCAAGAACUGCUCCAAAAAGAGGUUUCUCUGCUGCUGAGAAUGAAGGAUAAGGGUGCUGAACAACGCAACAUCGUGGAGUAUUUAAUGACCGCAGAGUACGGCUUUGACAGGGCUCUGGUCUUUGAGAAUCUAGACCUCAGUUUGACUAGUUUCUUUAAUCUUCAGUAUCAAGAUAGGUGUGGGGGGGGGCGGAGCCAGCAGAGGGGUGUGGUUGAGGGAUUUCUCACAGCCGCCCCCGAAACGGCAGUUUUGUUCCAGAAUCCCUCAAACCUCGUCCUUGACUUCUGGGAGGGGUAUAAGGCGGGAAACGGGUCGCAGGUAGAAGAACCGGAAGGAAGGAAGCCGGGUCUGAGCAAAGAGAGGGAAACUGAGGGUGGCGUAGCAAAGGAGUGA